AUGCAUAUUGAGUCCAAAGACAAUAAUAACCACUCCCAUGAGUGUCCAGUUCUGGCCGUUCGGCCACUUUUGGCAAUUACUAGACUUAUCGCCCGAGUUAUCAAACAACUUGAUAAUAACGGGGUUAACAAUAAUAGCGAAGUGAUUGGCAAUCAUACCCGAGACUGGGAUUGUUUGAUGGAUCACUACGAGAAUAUUACAAAGGAUUUCGGAGUUAUGCGUGAAUUUGAGUUAAUAUACAAUGAAUUGGCACUUAUUUUUGGGGAUUCAUUGCCUGAAAUUGAGUUAAUAUUGAGAAUAUAUGGGAAACUAUUGAUUAACACGUUUGCAAUUCAAGACCCACUCAUGAGACAAAUUGGGAGAGCUAUAUAUCUCGGGCCGUCAAUUUUUGACCACUCGUGCAAACCGUCGGCGAGUUUCCUAUUUAUAGGCACAACACUGUAUAUUAAGGCCACAAAAUCGAUGACAAUCGCAGACAUCACAGACUUUCGUAUCUCAUAUAUCGAUGAGUUUGAGACAACUGUUGAACGCCAGCGACAGCUCAGAAGUGCCUAUUAUUUUGACUGCGAUUGCGAGCGAUGUACUUUUAAUGAAAGCGUUGUUUCUAUGGCUGAAGACAAGAGUUUGCGUCACAUUUGCGAGAAGAUUGAAAAGUUAUCGAUUGAUAGCAAUUAUAUCAUUGACAGCACCAGUAGUUUAACAACAAAACGAUUGCAUACAAGUAAUGUCCAAAACGAUGAUAAUAUGAUUUAUGAAUUGGUGGCAGACUUACGGCGAGAUGUAAUGCCAUUGAAUUCUGUACUCGAAGUAAAAAUUGCAGAGUUUGUAGCCAUUAAUGAUAAAGAUAUGGAUCUAUGGCUUAAAGUGAUGGCUAUAUUUAGAUCUUAUUACGGCGAUUGUCACCAAAGACUUGCACUAAAGCUGUUUCUAAUGGCAAAGAGUGCCAACAAAUACCCGGCACUCAAACGGCAACUGUUGACUGAAGCGAAAGUCAUCGCCAAUCAGAUAACGCCAGACAUGGGCUCACAAAUGAUGACAGAGUCGACCAGAAGUCGAGCUAUUAAUCGGUAUUCACGACACAAAACAAUCUCCGAUUCGUUAAUCAAUUCAACGCUUUUAUAUCUCAUUGAAUCGGAACUCAUUGAUUACAAGCCCUACAGAAUCGCACAGAAUUUGCCCAAUAGUUCCGAUAUUGGGAAACAAUCACCAAAGGAUGUGGACAUUGCCUAUAGAUUCAAACGAUUUAUAGACACAUCUGUUUGCGAUAUCAAUGAAUUGAUUGAUAUGAAAGCCAUGAAACUGUUGAAUGACACGGAAUGGGCGCAAGAAUUGGCACAAAAGUCGGCAAAAUUCUGUGAAAUGAAACAAGAAUUGGAUAGACUUCGCAAACAAAGGGAUACUUCAGCUCAAGAAUGUACAGAAUUGAGAGAUCGUUACCAACAAUUACACAAUCAAUGCAAUCGAGUCUUGUAUUAUAAUCCCUAUGAAUAUGGCUAUAAUAGUGUGGGCACCGGUAGUACCGGCCCUAAGAUUAACACUCACUCCGGCGACAGACCGGUUGUUCCCAUCAAUGUUUUUAGGCCUAUCAAUAAUGGCGAGAAUUAUGAGCGUCGCAUAAAUGUGAAUCCUUAUAAAUCGCGAUCUCUGUGUAUAACCGGAACUAUUGGGCAAAUUCUGUGCGAUUCUGUAGGGCUUGUAAUCAAUGAGUUCCGAUUCAAUGAGAUAUAA